GUUAUAAGUUCUGAACAACCUGUUUCAUCUACGACAAUCGUUAAUCCGACAGAAAAAUAUGCCAAUUAUUCUCUUCCCAACUCUAUAAAAUAUGCAACUGUUGGUCGUUCACUCGGUAAUACUAUUUAUUACAAUUACUAUAUGCCAUCUCGUCAUAAUGGCUAUAUUAGUAGCGUCAGGUUUCGUCUUUUUACUAAUUGGGAAGGUACUGCAUCGCUUUACUUAUUUAUCAUAUAUGCAGUUUUGCUUGACCAUACUAUUGUAUGUCGCUAUGCUAUCAAUCCUCAAAAAAAUACUACACAAUGGCAAACCUUCAACAUUCCUUCAGGUGCAUUACCCAUAGGAUCUGGCGAAUUCUUAGCUGUUGGUAUGCAAGAUAGUAGCAAUACAAAUCAAAUUUAUGAUGUUACACCAGCUGUUGGAAUGAGUGGAAUAAAAGUAACUGAAACUACGAUAAAGGUUGAUCUAUACGUUUAUCCUAACAUUGCUCCUGCACUCACUUAUACUGUAGCCUACUACGAGGAAACAACAACGAUGAAAUCAGUAGCUGUUCAUUGA